UCCGCCUCGUUUGCUCAUGGAAGCCACGAGAGGGAAGAAGAAUCCAGCGGAGGACCGGAUGUGCGGAAGGGAGAUCUUCCCGGACCUCUGUUCGCCGGCGCCCGUCCGGCUCACCGUCUGGUGCAAGUCGCUCCUCUUCCACGGCCACGGCUACACCGUUUACGAUGACUCUGACGGCCGGAUGGUCUUCCGCGUCGACAACUACGCCCACAACUGGAGGCAGGAGACCGUGCUCAUGGAUUACACCGGCAAUGUCCUGCUCACCAUCCGCCGCCGUCGCAAGAUUCUAAACUUGACCGAGAGCUGGGAGGCCUACAAGGGCGACAAAGACGUGCAAAGGAUGGUCGGAGAGAGAAUGCCUCUGUUCAAGGCAACGAAGAACCUGGGCUGCCAUAGUUGCACCAUAUCCAUGUUCACGGGCUGUGGAGUGAAGCCUUUAGGCUACAGGAUGAACUGGUCGCGAGACAAGGAGUGGUCGAAGAUCUACCAGGCUGCAGCAAACACACCGGUGGCUGAGGUUAGUAGAAAGUGCGGUUCGAUGGCGAAGAAAUUACUCGACAAGGAUGUUCUAACCCUGAGGGUGCAGCCUGGGAUGGAUCAAGCUCUGGCAAUGGCAAUGAUCAUGAUCACUAAUUCAAUGAGAUGAUCACAACAAUACAUAAACACACACAGGAGGAAUGUGAAUCUGUAGCUGCACAAGUAGUCCAUUAAUCUUCGUUUGUUACACUUGUUGGUGGCUCUUGAAGCUACAUGCUCGAGGCUUCUCCUUUUUCCUUUGUCCAUGUAUUCAUAUUGACACCUCUCUUUUCAUGAGGUUUUAUUAGUUCAAUUCAAUUACUUCAUCCAUCUCUUUGAGACCUAUAACAUGUCAAAGGAAGCCAGCACAGAUGGCUGCACAGGUGAGCAGCCUUCUUGAUGGUUUCAAUGACCGACAUUAACAAGGAGGAAACGAGGGAGAAAAGGAGGAGGAAAAGAUUGGAAGGGCUCCUAUUUCUGGUGCAGCAGCCAAGUUGAGUUUCACUUGCUUGUGGGGCAAACGCAUUGCAUGUUGUGCUCAGGAAUUUUUUGGACCAACUCCAGCUUUUCUGGCCAUGCCAUGACUUGGGAAAGAGAUUGAGAUGACCAAAGUGUAGUUUCUAGUUUCCUUUCAGACUGCAAGUGCUUUUCUUAACCUAAUCAUCCAAGUACUUGGCUGUUGCCACAGAAGCUAG